AUGGCUGAAGCGAACAAUGUUGUCACUCCUGCGCUCAUUGUAGACCAAGAGCAAGAUGAUUCCCGUUCAGAGAUUGGAAGCAGUGUUGCUUCGUCAAGCACUAGUCUCCGUGACUCUAUUGUGGACUACCGUAUUGAGAACGGCCGAACGUAUCAUCGAUACAAAGACGGAAAAUAUGCCUUUCCCAACGACGAGCGGGAGUUGGAAAGAUUAGACUUGCAAGGUGAACUUUGGGACAUCUCUCUCGAUUUCGCUCUUGGUAUCGCUCCGCCGUGCGAGGAAAACGCCCAGGUCGGUCGAGUGCUUGACGUCGGCACCGGCAGUGGUCUCUGGGCUAUCAAUUACGGGGACGAGCAUCCUGAAGCCGAGGUCAUCGGUAUUGACCUCUCACCGACCCUCCCUGAGUACGUGCCUCCAAACGUGAGGUUUGAGAUUGACGAUGUUGAAGAAGAAUGGACAUGGUCGCAGCCCUUUGACUACAUUCAUAGCCGCAUCAUGACGGCAAGCAUUAGCGACUGGGAGGUUUACCUCCGCAGGUGCUACGACAAUCUCUCACCUGGUGGAUGGCUCGAACUGCAAGAGCUUGAUGUCAUUGUCGCUUCUGACGACGGGACCCUCACAGAAGAUCACGCCUUCUCCAAAUGGUGCAAAUUGAUUCAGAAAGCUACGGCGGAGCUUGGGCGCGCUUACAUUGACCCGAAACCUCUCAAAGAUAUCUUGAUCGCCAUCGGAUUUGUCGACGUAAAGAUCACCAGCUACAAGUGGCCUUGUAAUGACUGGGCCAAGGAUGAGAAGUACAAGCAGCUUGGAAGAUUGCAUUGUGAGAAUUUCACAAGUGGCCUUGAAGCGUUCUCCAUGGCAGGCUUUACCCGCGCCUUCGACUGGACCCCUGAGGAGGUCAACGUUUUUCUGAUUGACGUGCGAAACGACAUCAAGAACAGGACUAUCCACAGUUAUACCCCUACUUACUGCAUCAUCGGGCGCAAGCCGGAGAAGGUGGACACUCCUGCUCCCCCAGCCCAGGCCUCACCUCCAGCUUCAUCUUAG